AAUCUCAGAUUCAUCCAUGCAUGCAGGAAAGUGAAAGCAGGCUAAUAAAAUGAUGGGCAUGAAAGAUAAGAAGAACUUCCAUUGAACCAAUUGCUUUUGGAAUACAGUUCUUGAAACACAGCAUAAACAAGUCCUCUGUAGCCUUUCUUUCACAACCACUAAAACUAUACUUUAAAAAAAAAAACAAAAGAAAAUAUCAGUUAAUCAUUGACCAAAUGGAGCUGAGGCAGCUGCAUUGCUGUAAUGAGGUCCUCCCUAUAUCUCAGUUUGCACGUACAAUGAAAGGUGUAAACAUUGAGAAGGCAACAGGCAAAGACAAGCAAUGAUUAGACACAAAAACUUACAAGAGAACAAAAUCCAUACAAUUCUUAGCAGUUCAUUGACAUUUUUUACCUACCAAUAAGCUUUGUUCUGUUCUAUCCAUCAUUUGUUGAUCUGCACCACAUAAUUGCCUUUGCUUAUUGUUUAUAUGUUCUUCUUCCACUCUCCAUUUGUAUUUCAACCUCUCUUUUUCAUAGAAUCCAUGACACCAACAUCACCAUUGAGACAACUUCUGCAAGAACAACAAGAACCUUUCGAGUUGGAGGAUUACCUUUUUGAGAGAGAGUACUACUCGAGAAAGAGCUCGAGUCGGGGAAGUGGCUUUGCCUGCAGCGGUGGAAAAUUAGACGGUGUUAUGAAGUUUGGAAAGGGACUUGUUGAGAUUAAUAGGAUGCUGAGGAAUUCGUGUAAGAAGCUUCUCUCCAUUCAUAGGAAGCAGCAGCAAACUAAGGAUGUGGGGGAAAAUGGUUGGUUUUUUAGUGUCAGCUGCAAGAGAGUGGCAGAAUCAGACAACUUUUUGUCUCCCUGCAGCUUCCAAGAGACGCUCAGCUCAGAUAAUGAACAAACAUCUCCUUAUCCUGCUAAUUCAUCAAGUUCAGACACUUCCGGAGCUCUACAACCCUGCAACUUACAAGUACUGAAGGACAUAAAAACAGGGAAGAAGAGUCUAAUUCCAGCGAGACCAAACAAUGGCAUUCCUCUACAGAAGCAAGUUUCAGAAGACUCAAUUCUGUCAGCCACGCUCUGGCAGUUGCUUCUUUGCUCCGCAGCAACGGAGAAAACGAGUGGCACAGAGACUGCAGAGCUGCAAGAACUUGUAACGUCCAGCCCUGCAGCUCAGCUCAUGAUACCCAAAAGGGUAAUACAUCAAACAAAGCAGCUUCUUUUUGACUGUGUGAGGGAAGUGGUGGCGACCCAUUCUAAGAAGGGCAGUCGGAAAGCCCGGAGGCUCAUCUAUGCGAAGGAAGCCAAAGGAAAAGAAGCAAACUUAUCAAAUUUAGUCUGCUCAGAUUACUUGUUCUCAGCAGCAGAAUGGAGGGAUUUCAAGCCGCAGAAGCAGCUUAUAGGGACAGAGAUUGGAGAAUUCAUUGUCCAAGAGAUCAUUAAUGAAGCUGUUACUGAACUAUUUGAUAAUCUAUGGCCAUCAACCCUCUGGCUUCAACUAUACCAAGAUUCCAACACAUAGAUUUGCCAGAUUCAACAGGCCAAAAAAAGGCAUUCUUGAUCAAAAACUCUAGACGAUAACUAGUCGUCCUGUAUGACAAUAUUUAUUAUCAACCAAAAUAAUGACUUAUUGAUUAUGAAACAGUUAAGAUCUACUUA